AUGGAUACAACAACCUAUGAUGACAGACCGAUCAGCAUGUAUGACAAUCUGAAUAUGACCAAUAAUGUUAAUACAACGAGCACACCUAAAACAAAACUAAACGAACCAGUGACAAUGUCGUCGUCGUUGUCGGCAACGUCAUCACCACCACCGUCCAAAACAAAUGGAGCAGCAGCACAUUCGUCACCCUUUACCGAUAUAACAUUUAAGUUUAAUGACAACAAUAAUACGAAUACGAGCAGCACCCCACCAGCAUUGCUGAAUGGAAAUCAUCGGAACUUGAAUGAAAUAUCACCACCACCCAAUACAGUGAACGCUUUAUACUCUACCCCAUAUAAAAUGGCCAAUACGCCAAUAACCAAACCAGCCAUAAUAACGACAACAACAACUGCAUCUCCACCUCGAUAUUCGCCUUUAGCAGCAGCAAAAACAACAGCAUCAGAAGCCAGUAUAGGAAAUACAUUCACGUCAUCAUUAUCACCAACGACGACUGCAGCAACAAAAACACCAACAACAACAUCGUCAUCAUCAGCUCCACCACUGCCCGUCCAACCGCUUGCACCACCAAUUGCCGCUCUAGCCGAAGCGACAACAGCAAAUAAUUCAACAAUCAAUGCCAGACUCAAUGAACGACCGCUUAGUCAACAUUCGCAAUUCGAGCUAAACGAAACAAUUCACAGUAUUGCUGCAGUGAAAGCUGCACUUAACGAAGCCAAAUCGAAAUUUUUUGGCAUAAACGGUUAUGCACCGGCACAGCAUCAAUUUGCCAACGAUGUCAAUGAAUCUCCGAAACAAAAUCUAUUGUCAAACGUUACACCGCAACCUAUAGUACAACAACAUGCAUUAUUUCGUACACCCAGUGGAGCUGGAGCUCCUCCAGAAUUGCCGCCAAAACCGAUCGAAUAUCAGAAUUUAAAUAAAACUCCCACGCUGCCAGCCAACAAAAACGCCACCGCCAAUAAUAACAGUAGUCCACCAGUAGAUCAACUUAGCCGCAAAAUGCCAGAUGGUACAAUUUACAAUCAGAUAUCGUUGAACGAUAUCGAUGGUGCAUCACAUCGAUCACAGACUGUCUAUAUGGCCACAACCGUACCACAAAAUAUUAAAGGUAAUAAAAUCGCUGGACGACAUACACCAACUCGAAGUAGUUUACGACACAGUCGUAUGCUGGUCGUAAGUAAUAAACACUAUGAGGAAAUAAAACAUCCCAAUCCAAUGGGUUUUCAUCAGCCAAAUCUUGCCCGCUGGCUAUUAAUAUUACAAAUAAUCAUUGGUAUCCUAUUAAUAAGUUUAUCGAUAUGGAUAUUUGUGCUAUCACCCAAUACACCCACACAAAAUAAUCCAUAUUGGUGUGGUUUAGUGCUACUUAUUACCGGUAUUAUUGGCUUAAUAUUAAUACGCUAUCAUCGGAUAAAACGUGAUAAGACACGAGAACAUUGUUUCAUAUUUUUACGUAUGGAUUCAUAUGUUCUUGCUCUGUUAUCUUUACUGCUAUGUUGUGUGGCUUUGAUCUUUGCUGCCAUCCAUUAUAGUCGCAUCACAGCCUCGGAUACAAAAUGUGAAAGUGUUCACAUGCUAAUCGAACAUGGUUCAUGUGUGUGUACUUUUAAUGCCCCACCCAUGGCCACUAAUGCAACAGAAUCAUUAUCUGGUGAAGAUGAAACAACAAAUGCCACAGAAGAUGACAUUUUAGAUAAUAGUUAUAAAUUUGAAUAUCGUGACUUGAGUUGUGAUGAAGUCACCGGACCAUGGACAACAAUAUUGGGCCUUUCGUUUAUUAUUAACUCUGUGGGAUUUGUAAUAUCAUUUGCCUAUAUGAUUUUAUUGGCAUGCUGCCGCAGUGCCUCGAAACGUUCAUAUACAACCGUCCGUACAAGUACCUUUUAAGUUAUCUCUAAAGACAAUUA